CUCGUAGAUCAGCCGCGGUCUCUGGAAGAAGUACGGGGACAAGAGAGUGAUGGACACGCCCAUAUCCGAGAUGGGCUUUACAGGAAUUGCGGUAGGCGCUGCCAUGGCUGGGUUGAGGCCGAUCUGUGAAUUCAUGACCUUCAACUUCUCCAUGCAAGCAAUUGAUCAAGUUAUAAAUUCUGCUAGUAAGACACUUUACAUGUCUGCAGGCAUGGUGCCUGUCCCGGUUGUCUUCAGAGGUCCCAAUGGUGCCUCUGCUGGAGUAGGAGCACAACACUCUCAAUGCUUUGCUGCUUGGUAUGGGCAUUGUCCUGGACUGAAAGUAGUCAGUCCUUGGAGUUCAGAGGAUGCUAAAGGCCUACUAAAAGCAUCAGUCCGGGAUGACAAUCCAGUUGUGAUGCUGGAAAAUGAAUUGAUGUAUGGAGUCCCUUUUGAAAUGUCAGAAGAAGCUCAGUCAAAGGACUUCCUUGUUCCUAUUGGAAAAGCCAAAAUAGAAAGACCAGGAACCCAUGUUACUUUAGUGUCACACUCCAGAUCUGUUGGACACUGUCUGGAAGCAGCUGCUGUACUUGUCAAAGAAGGUGUGGAGUGUGAGGUGAUAAACCUCCGUACCAUUAGACCAAUGGAUGUGGAAAGUAUUGAGGCCAGUGUUAUGAAGACAAAUCAUCUUGUAACAGUGGAGGGAGGCUGGCCACAGUUUGGAGUAGGAGCUGAAAUUUGUGCCAGGAUCAUGGAAGGACCUGCCUUUAACUACUUGGAUGCUCCAGCUGUGCGUCUCACAGGUGCAGAUGUUCCUAUGCCUUAUGCAAAGAUUUUGGAAGAGAAUUGCUUACCUCAAGUGAAAGAUAUCAUAUUUGCAGUGAAGAAAAUACUAAAUAUUUAACUUGCAUGUAUAUGUUGCUCUUUCUCUGGCUCUUGAGCAUUAAGGGAUUGGAUGACUCGUUCAUAACUUUGUUGUAUAACUUGACCUUUUUGUAUGGAGAGAAGGGUUAGGUGACUUUGUAAAUGUAUUUAUGUAGCUAAGCUAUGUUCGGGGGGGUCACCCUCCUACUUUCUUC